CCGCCGCCAGCACCAGCCAUGAACUCGCACGUCCGCCUCCUCCUCCUCCUGGCCGUCGCCGCUCUAUGCCAAGGUGCGCCGCUGGCCGGGGAGCUGCGCUGCCGCUGCGUGCGGACCGUGUCCGACGUGAUCCCGCCGCGGCGCCUGGCCCGCCUGGAGUUCCUCGCCGAGGGGCCGCACUGCGCCGUGCCCGAGGUCAUAGCCACGACGAAGCAGGGACAGAUUAUCUGCCUGGACCCCGCCGCACCCUGGGUCAAGCUCCUGGUCACCAGGAUCCUCCGCAGUUCAUCCAACAAGCUCUGAGUGAGGGAAGGAACACCUCGGAAUGAAGUUACCUGUUUGCCACAAGAUACCAGGAAACAGAUGCUAUGAGACCACAAUAGCUCAGCUCUCUAGUUUUGAUGGGUUUGUAGAUCAGAUGUUCUAUUCUUUAUUCCCUCUCCUCAUAUUUGUUAUUGCCUAAUCCUAUGCAUGGUUUUAUUGACUGAGAUAAAGUGAUUGAAUCCAUUUGAUAAGACAGUGGAAGCUUUGCUGGACACCUCUCAGCAACCUUCCCAGAACUUGCUCCGCCAUUGUGCAAACUCCUUCUUGCCAAAUACUGCUUCCCAAUAGGUUCCUAUAAAACAGCAUUAAUAUCUGAAAAGAAGAUGGGCCCAUCGCGAGGAUGAUUUUGCAAAUGUCCACAGAGAGUGUGACAGGAGAGGUUUGAAUGGAUUGUGCCAAUAAUCCAUCAGGAAUAACAAGAGUGCUGUCUGGCACUUAACAUUUCAGUGCCUGUUCAGGAUUACAUGGGAAUAAAAUCUGGUUCGGGCAAGAAUGUUUUGCUGAAUCUCUUUUUCCUACUCCAACUCUCCAGCCUUUAAUGCGGAAUGCCUCAGACCUUUUUGCACAAUGUACUGUCUAAUGCAAUCACAGAUUUUCCCCCUGAGGUCUUUUUGCCCCUAUUCAAUACUUAGAAGAGUUUAAUAAUUUCUAUGAAAUUGUGGGGGUUUGUGCCAUGACUGGUUUGGUUUUUAACCAGAUAAUGUUGAGUUUGGUUAGCUGGUUUGUUUUUAAAUGAGUUUACAUUACAAUAUUUAGUCUUUAUGCACAAGAUGUAAAGGAACAGUAAAUGUUCCGGAGAGACUUAGACAUUUUAUGUCUACUUGUAUGACAUAAUGUCAUAACUCAUAAAAAAAGAACUAAUUUUCAUUAUUCUGCUGUGGAAAAUUGUAUGUAAAGAGGUGGAUUUCUCAUGAUAAUGUAAUGAAAUAUACGAUGCAAUAAAAAUGUUUUC